UGACCACACCGCUCGUUGGCUUCUCUUGGAAGACGCUUCUCGCCUCAACUCAACAUUAGAAGAACUACAAGCGCCUGCAACUGCAAUACACGGAUACCGCACAUCAGAGAAAACAGUCAUAACUUGAGUUCGGUUGGGCGAUGCUUUGAACAAGUGUUGCUCCGAGGCGUGGCAUCUAAAGGAAGGCAGAGGUGUAUAAAAUACCCUCGGCACUGGCCUUCGAAUUUCCCUCUGGUAUUUCAAAGACCAAGUCCAGCAAGAAAAGCAGCAUCUAUCACACUGCAUCAAGAAGACCCAGCAACACUCAACAAUCCCCAAGACAGUCAGCGACCAAUGUCUCUCCCACUUAUCCCCACUCUUGCCCUCUCCGCCCUCCUUCUCGCCCUCUUCUACAAAUACAUUAUCCACCCGACCUUCCUCUCCCCUCUCUCCCGCAUCCCAAACGCCCACUGGUCUUCCCCAAUCUCAAGCCUCUACAUCCUCUCCCACCGCCUCGCACAAACCGACACACCCCACAUCCAUCAUCUCCACACCCUCUAUGGCCCCGUCAUCCGUCUCGCACCCUCAGAAAUCUCCGUAAACUGCGUCGAUGGCGGCCUCCGAACAGUCUACCUCAAAGGCAUGGAAAAAGGCACUUGGUAUAAGAAUGUGUUUUCAAAUUAUGGAGUUGAACCCAUGUUUGCGAUGAGUGGACAUGGAGAGCAUUCGAGACGGAAGAGGAUGGUUAGUGGGGUUUAUGCGAGGAGUGCGUUGAGUGGGAGUGCGAGUUUGACGAAGCAGACGGAAAUUUUGGUGGGAGAACUCCGCGAACGGGUGAGAGAUGAGAUUGUGGAAGAUGAGAAGCAUGGUGGGCAGGGAAUUGAAUUUUAUGAUAUUUUCUGCGCUGUCACGAUGGAUUUUGUGGCGGGGUAUAUUUUUGGUUUGAAAAAUGGAACCAAAUUUGUAAGAGAGGAGGAGGAGGAGGGGAUCCAGUUGUUUCAUGAUUUUAAGGCACGGCAGAAAUAUACAUUCUGGCCCCAAGAAUUGGCUAGAGUGACGAGACUUCUGGAGAGGAUUGGGCUGAAGUGGUUGAUUGUGCCGAGUUGGGUUGGGGAGGCAAAUGUUGGGCUUGAGAAUUGGUUGAUUGGGUUGGUGGAAAGGGCGAGGGAGACGAGGAAGGUGAUGGAUCGUGACGGACAGGAUCAUGUGGCUGUGGAGGAUGUUCCGACGGUUUAUGUGCAGUUGGAGAAGGCUUUGGUGAAGGAGAAGCUGAAGAAAGAUGAAGCCGAGAGGCUGACGGAGAAAGAAAGAAAGUACGAGGAUGUGGUGGAUGAGCUGAAAUUGGAAAUCGCAUCGGAGCUGCUGGAUCACACACUCGCCGGGUUCGACACUUCGAGCAUCACUCUCACCUGGCUUGCAUGGGAGCUCAGCAAGCCAGCCAACACGACCUGGCAGAAACUCCUCCGCGCAGAGAUCUCCACACUGGAAGGAAGUCUCGACGCCAAGGCCAUUGACAGUCUUCCAGUCCUGCAUGCAAUCCUCUUGGAGACUCUUCGACUACACGCGGCCAUUCCAGGUCAACAGCCUCGCAUGACACCGGAAGGAUGCCUCACCGUUCUCGGUGACCCUGGGACCGGCACCGCAUACCCCAACAUCCCACCAGGAGUCCGCGUCCAAGCACACGCCUACUCGCUCCACCGCAUCCCCAGCGUCUUCCCAUCUCCAGACUCAUGGCUCCCAGAACGCUGGCUCGACCCUCUGGACACUUCUUCUGACCCGUCAAACCCAUCAUCAUAUCAACUACGCUCCCUCGACGACCCAAAGAAGAUCGAAAUGCUCCGCCAUUUCUGGGCUUUUGGCUCCGGAGGACGGAUGUGUGUUGGAUCGAACCUCGCGAUACUGGACAUGAAAGCUACAAUGGUGGGACUCUGGGGGAGAUUCGAGACGGAAAUUGUUGAUGAUGAGGGUAUGGUGCCAAAUGGGGGUUACAUGGCGGAACCUUUGGGGGUGGGGGCCGGUGGGGAGAAGGGAAUUGGGGGGAAAUAUGCUGUUGAUGGAGAGGGGAGGAAGUUUUUGAGACUCAAGGUGCGGGAGGUGGAAGGGUGAUGGAGAGGUAUUUGGUCAAUUCAGGGAGGCGGUAUAAAUAUGCUGUGUUGUAGGUUCUCCAUUUACAAGUUACAUAUGCCGGUGUCUUGGUUGCCUUUUAGGCUUGUAUGAGUUCUCGGAAAUUAUGAGUCUUGACCGAUACAGUCUCCCCUUCUCAAGCAAGACAUCCAGUCGAUGUUGACCUGAUUCUGCUCCGAGUUGGAAAGAAUCAUACUCAGCUGGCCGCUUCGAAGCUCCUCUGCUUUGGACGCUCAAUCGAAGCCAUCAAUUCGCCGUCUCAGUAUAAUACUGGUGAUUCAG